AUGGCCUACAUACCAGAGACUCUCCUCCGCAUCAUGCAACACGGCCCCGUGUCAGCAAAAGACUUCCUCGACCAACACACUCGCUUGCACCUAGGUAGACCUGUUGACGGCACUAGCGAAGAAAAGCAAUGCACAAUAUGCCUCGAACCACUCCUCUCCUCCGCGCCCACCUCCUUCAGCCAGCGCAACAUCACACCAACGCAACCACUCCGCGACCGGCCCAUCUACAACGAUAGAUGCAAGCAUAUCUUCCACACCCACUGCUUGUUGAGCUUCGUCCGCCACGGCAAUACCUGCCCAGUAUGCCGAUGCCAUUGGUUCGAUUCGGCGGCGGAAGAAGAGAAGGCUUGGGAGAUAUCGUUGGCGCUGCAGGCACUGGAUUUGUUCGACUACACCACCGCUACAAAAGCGCAGAAGAGGAUCAAGGUCACGAUUCAUGCAGUGGCCUUCGACGAGAUGCCUAGCAUUGUGGCGUACUGGCUGAGCAGGAUGCCGAGAGUGACGGAGCCUGAGAAGCGUCAUGUUUUGGGAAGGGUGGCAAGAUCUGCGGAGGGACCGGGGUUGCUUGAGGCGAUUGUGGCGGCGUUUCGGGAGAUGGAUGAGAAGAAGAUGAGAUUGGGAAAACUGGUGAAGAAGCUUACGGCGACGGCAGUGAAAGUGGCAGGAGAAGGAGAAAGCAAGGGAGUCAUGCGCGAGGAUCAUGCAGCGUUCUUGGGAGCUGUUGUCGAGACUGUGGUGGGCUACUAUGCCUACAGCCAAGGCCUCGCGAAUGUGUCGCAGUCGAGAUCGAGACGUCUGCUGAGAUGGUUGCAUCUGGCGUGA